AUGCCAUUUCGUAUUAUCAUUGUCGGUGGCGGGAUUGCAGGUUUUGCCGCAGCCAUUGCUUUACGCGGACCUAAUAGACAGAUCACUGUACUGGAACAAUCAAGCCUCAAUAGAGAGAUUGGAGCUUUGAUCUCAUUCCAGCCAAAUGCAUCCAGAAUUAUUCAGUCAGUCUGGGGCUUGAACUUACACGAUGCUCGUCCAUUGGUAGACGAAGGAUUUCGUAUCUACAACACCGACGGGUUAUUGGUCAACACAAUACCUUUAUUAUCAAAAACACAUUAUGAAGGAGACCGGUUGGUCUUUCAUCGGAGAGAUAUCCAUGACGUUUUGAAGAAGACUGCGACUUCUGACGCUUGUCCUAACCGAGGAGCUCCCGUUCAAGUACGGGUUGCUUCUAAGGUGAUCAGCUGUGAUCCGCUUCGAGGAGUUGUUGUUCUUGAGAGUGGUGAGGAAUUUGAGGGUGAUUUGAUUAUUGGAGCAGAUGGGAUGUAA